AUGCCACAGUUACGCCUACGCACUGAAGGAGCACCAAUCUUUGAUACUACAUUAAGAUUCACUUUAUCCGCUUUAUGGAAUCUCACUGAUGAAUGUCCAGAAGCUUGCUUAAGAUUUGUUCGUCAGGGUGGUCUAAUCAUAUAUGAAAAGGUCCUUAAACGAUUUGCUGACCAAAGUGAAGAGACUAAAAAUCAUGUCUAUACCAAGUGUCUGGGUCUACUUAAUAAUGUAGCAGAAGUCGAGCAAACACGUGAAUCGUUAUUAAAAGAAAGUCUAAUGAACUUCUUUUUCAAAAUGCUUAGACAUCCUUGUAUCCAGAUAAGUUAUUUUGCUGCUGGUAUUAUUGCGCAUCUGUCAUGUUUAAAAGAUGAGAUAUGGUUGCGUAAUAUUCAGUCAAGUCGUGAGAGUUAUGUGAAAUUAUUGGGUCAAGCUGUUUGUAAUUGGCAACCGCCACAUUCUGAGAUGGUCGCUUAUCGCUCUUUUGAACCGUUUGGUCUGUUAGUUUUGCAUCCAGAAAGUCGUUUAGAGAUACAUUUGUGGGCUGUUUGGGCUAUACAUCAUAUAUUAACCAGAAAAGAAACGCGUUAUGUACCGGUCUUAUGUGAAUGUCAACCACUGUUAUCAUUUCUAAGAUUAGUUGUUUCUUUUGAUGAAGGAGUUUUAUGCGCUCAUAAUUUACAACGACAAUUAUCUGAUCAAGAGCCGCGUAGUAUAAAUACUGAUUUCCAUGACAAUGAUAAUGUCGAGAAUAAUAACAAUUAUUGUGUGAAAAACAGUGAUCCGAUGAAGUAUUUAACUACUUCAUCUAAUGUUAUACGUCCUCAACCUCCAAGUGUAUAUUCUCCUUCAACAGAUUCUGAUAUUUUCUCAGAAGUACCUGCUUUAUGUGAAGCAGCUGCCGGUGAUUGUUUCACGUCAGAAAGUCAACAGACGCAGUCUUCAAGACAGUCGUCAACAGUUACACAUGUUGAACCUGUAGGACAAAGUGCAGAAGGUGUUGCAGCAUUUGUAGGACCUGAUGAAUCUCAACUUGCUUGUGCUAGACUUAUCCGUAAAAUGGCUUCAGAAAUACUUGCGUCUGUUGAUCGAACUUUACCAACAUUACAGUCUACUUCUAUUCAUAAUUAUAACAAUAACAGACAUUGUGAUCUGCCUGCAUCUCAUUGUUAG